ACAAGCCCUGCUGGAGCUCAGUCCGGUGCAUCUGCCCUGUCUGUGUUUUCCUGGCUCAGUUCCUGCAAAUCUCCUGCCAACAUGAAGGUCCUGCUGCUGACCGUCUCGCUGGCCAUGAUCCUGAUGGAGGCCCGUGGACACAUCCAUCCUCAGAAGAACUUCGACCUGAAGCGGUUUGGAGGUAAGUGGUUCCGUGUCGGUCUGGCCUACGAUGCUCCAUCAUUCGCCCAGUACAGAAGCUCCCUCAGAGUCAUUAUGGGAAAAGUGGACCCAAAAGACAACGGAGAUGCCAACAUGACGGUGUGGAGAACCAAGGCUGAAGGCUGUAAGAGUAAGCUGUACUCCUAUAUGAAGACCACUGUUCCUGGAGUGUUUAAGUACUUCAGCACACGCCAUAAGAUAAUAAAGGACGUGACGGUGGUGGAGACUAACUACACUGAGUACGCUCUGCUCUUUAAGUACAAGAAGUUUAACCGGGAAUAUUCUCAGGUGUCUCUGUACGGUCGUACCCAGAAACUGAGAGCAGAUCUGAUCGAGAAGUUUAAAAAAUACUCCAUGGAGCACGGCUUCCCCGAUGAGUCCAUCAUAACCCCGCCCCCUGCAGAAGCCUGUCCUCUUCCCAGCCAUUAGGAGAGGAUAAGGUUCAUCUGAAGCUCGUGGGAUUGUGGUGCAGCUCACAGUGAAUCAGCUGACCUUGAGAACAUUUACAUAUAGAAGCUUCGCUGAAACGCCUGGAUCAACAUUACCCUAAUAAAUUUAACUGCUCACGCUGUUUUUUAGUCUAAAACAUUAAAAAUGCACAUUAAUAAUCAGUAAAUACUCAGUUAUUAUACUUAUGAUCAUCUUCUAAAACUAAUGCUAAUCUUAUACUGAAUCAUCAGCUGUUGAUUGUUUCUAAUUUCCAAAUGAUUAAAGAAUAAUAAUUUAAGUUUGAUUAAAGUUUGAUUACAGUUAAAUUGUUCUCAUUAAUAGACUAUUUAUGUGUAAUAUAGUGUGUGUGUGUGUGUGUGUGUGUGUGUGUCUGUGUGUGUCAUUUAUUGUGCAAGAUCAUCAAAGGUGAUGUACACCAUGUGAACACAGGUAUUGGGACACCUGCUUGUGCAAUGUUUAUUCUGAAAUGAAGGGAAUUAAAAAUAGUUGUUUUUGUUGGA